AUGGAUCUGAAAGUAGUCCAACUGAUGGUGCUAUCCAUUAUAACCCUUUCAACUGGAUAUAAGUAUGAACUUACCGUUUUGGAUGAGGAUGUAUUUAGUAGUUGUCCUGAUGCUCCUCCCGGCACUCUUGACAUAAGUGGCGUUAUGGAUCUAGCGGAGCUCUCAACUUCCAUGGAUGCCGACGGAAUAGCCGUAAGUGGUAACGUAACUUUGACGUGGGACAUUCAACCGAAGGAUCGCAUACAGGUGAUCGUAAGCCUUCUGUAUUUCGAAAGAGGCACCUGGACGCCCACAGUAUUUUCAAUUAAUUCAAGGGACUUCUGCAAGGAUAUGUACGACAAAAAUAAUUUCUGGUACAAAUUUUGGACGCAGUAUAUAUCAAAUGAUGUGAAGGAUAAAUGUUUAAAUGUUCCCGGGACCAAAAUGAUUCAUGAGCCAUUUUUGCUGAGUUUAACCGCCAACAUCAUUGGACUCCGAGAAGGACGCUACAAAGCCAACAUAAUGUUCAAAGCCUUCGAUUCCUCGGGAACCGAGCGGCCAACUCGCAUUUGCAUUGAGAUACAGGGCGAAGUAUUCAAAGUGUAA